GACAACCAAAAAAAAAUGGAAUCAUUCAGGGUGAAUGUUUAUUUGUAAAUAAUAAAGAAACAUGAAUUUGCAGUCAUUAUUUCAAGAUUUCAACCCAAGCAAAUUUGUUGUACAUACAUGUCUUCUUGUAUUCACCAUUCUAUUUGCCUUGAAAUUAGACAACUGUAUAACAUGGACUUACUGGACUGUCUUCACACCUAUUUGGGUAUGGAAAAUUCUUGUUAUUUUGGGGGCAACUGUAGGUAGUUAUGUGUGGUGGAGAUACCCACACUUCAGGUUAGAAGGUGAAGCUUAUGUUCACUACAAAUCAAUGUUAAUAUCACUGGCAUUACAUCUUAUAUUGUUAAUGUUUGAAUUACUUGUAUGUGAUAAACUUGAAUCAGCAAGACAUUUGUGGAUCCUUGUAUUCAUUCCUUUGAUCUUCAUUUCAAUAGUUAGUAUUGCAGUCUGUAUAUGGGCUGUGAAACAUGAUAGAUCAUUUGAGCUGGAAUUAUUUUGUGCUGUGAAUGUCCUCCAAUUUAUAUUCCUUGCCUUGAGGUUGGAUGGUUUCAUAGCUUGGUCAUGGGAAGUGGUUUUUGUACCUCUAUGGAUAGUUAUGUGUCUCUCCUUGGUUGGUGUUUUGUACACUAUUAUAUUUGCAGCUAUUCUACUUCGUACUCCUGAAGUAAAUGCUCAACAAAGAAGAAGUAGUUUUCAUUCAGCCUUAGGUUAUACAUUUCUUGUUAUACCAAUUCUGAUAUUUCAGGUAUUAUUAGCAGACAAGUUAGAUGAUGAUAUUAGGAUAUCAUAUACUGCAGUAGUUAGCCCCCUGUUUGUAUCUUUUAUCACCCUGAUUCUGAUGUCAUUUAGUGCCAAAGGUGGAAAUAAGUGGUGGUUCGGGAUGCGAAAGGACUUCUGUUCAUUCGUGCUCGGCGCUUGUCCCCUUUUACAAGAAUAUGCCAAUAUUGCUUACAAUACCGAAAGAAGCACAAACGGUGUGGAAUUGGAGCAACAAUUAGACAACAAAGACAAAACAGUGAAGAGAGCUGACCUUAUGAAGCCCGUUUUGCCUAUUGUCGCGAUAGAGAUGCCAGACUGAAAUUACUUUAGCAUAAGACUAAUUUGUGGAUUUUUUGAGGAAAAUUGAUGUUUUUUGACUAGUAGGUGAUUGAUGAUCAGUAGGAGAAUCAUUCAUUAUAUUGGAAGAGUUACUGAUGGCUUGUGAUAUUUAUUAUUGUGUAUUAUUGUUGAUAUUGCAUGAAUGGUUCACACUCCAUUUUGGGAAGUUAUUCCAUUUGUAGUGGCGUAUAAGAAAAGUUUCAGAGGCUCUGGAAUACUCCUUCCUUAUCAAUUAGAAGUUUUGAGAGUUUAUCAUUUGUUGGAGUGACUUUAGAAUGACACAUUGCAGUGUCAUUUGCAAGAUUUUGAUUUCCAUUACACUAAAUUGACAGUUAACUUCCAUAUCAUGUUGAUUAAUUUAUGGCCUAGUAUGUGAU